GAAUUUACAGGCUAGAUGCAGAUAGUCUCGCGUAAACUUUGGCCGCUUUUAUUGGUCAAGGCCCGCCCAAAAGACAAUGACUGACAGGUGAAGCUACCAAUCCAGUAUAGUUUUGUGCUGCGUCAUGUUUAGUGGCGUGGAAAUGUCCCCACAAUUACAGACCGAUGUGCAACUAGUAAUCAUCCAUUCACGAUCGUCUUCAAAUUUACUUUUACAAUGGCGCUUCAGUCUCCUAGAGCACCGUCUUAAACACACAUGUAAAUAAACGUAACUAAAGCAAACUAGUGUAAUCUUAAAACAGCUGUUUAGUAAUUUUAUGCAUUAAAACAGAAAAUACACGAAACCUACUUGGCAGAGAACAAUAGCAUUACUUACCAUUGUACAACGGAGAACCAAACACAAGACUAAACCACUGCUAUGUCAGCGUCUGUUCUUUCAUCUUGGCCCGCAUAUGCGGCGGAUAUCCCCUACUCGUUGUGAGCAGCAGUAUGUGUGGUAUAUGGGCAUUGUUUGGCAGUGAUGAGUGCCUCGCAGUUCAGAUCAUUAAUGCCAUGAAGAUUGCUCAUCGCGGUCCUGACGCUUUCCGCUUUGAGAAUGUCAAUGAUUUUACCAACUGCUGCUUUGGAUUUCACCGCCUGGCCAUUGUGGACAAGCUGUAUGGCAUGCAGCCUCUACGUGUCAAGAAGUUUCCCCACCUCUGGUUGUGUUACAACGGUGAGAUCUACAACCACAUCAGGCUAAAGGAUCACUUUGAGUUUGAUUAUCAGACCAAAGUUGAUGGAGAGAUUCUUCUGCACCUGUAUGAUCGCUUUGGGAUUGAGAAGAUGGCGUCUCUGCUAGAUGGUGUAUUUGCCUUUAUCUUGUUAGACACUACUAAGAGAAAGGUUUUCCUGGGCAGAGAUACCUACGGUGUAAGGCCUUUGUUCAAGAUGAUUACCGAUGAUGGCUUUCUAGCUGUUUGCUCUGAGGCCAAAGGUUUAACAGAGAUCAAACACUCCAUGUCCACUCCUGCAAAGAUCACCCCCUUUCCACCGGGACACUUUGAAGAAUUUAACCUCAAGCGUUCGGGAAAAGUAGAGCAUGUUCAGAUGUAUCGUUUCCACAACUUCACAGACGAACCCAAACACGCCACCUACGACAUCGUGGAGGGACUUGGCACAGGCUUUGAACUGGAGAUUGUCAAGAGCAACAUUAGGAUCCUGUUUGAAAAUGCUGUAAGGAAGCGAUUGAUGGGUCAAAGAAGAAUUGGCUGUCUCCUCUCAGGCGGUCUUGAUUCCAGUCUGGUUGCUGCAACAGUUGUGAAACUGGCAAAAGAAGAGAACCUCGAUUAUAAGAUUCAAACCUUUGCCAUCGGCACUGAGGACAGCACAGAUAUAAUAGCUGCUCGCAAGGUGGCAGCUCACAUAGGCAGUGAGCACCAUGAGGUGAGCUUCACUCCUGAGGAAGGUAUCCGUGCCAUACAGGAAGUCAUCUUUCACUUGGAAAGUUAUGACAUCACAACUGUGCGUGCAUCUGUUGGUAUGUACCUGAUCUCAAAGUUUAUCCGUGAGAAGACAGACAGGGUUGUGAUUUUCUCAGGUGAAGGUUCUGAUGAACUGACACAAGGAUACAUCUACUUUCAUAAGGCUCCAUCACCUGAAGCUGGUUCUGAGGAAGCUAUGCGUCUGCUGAAAGAACUUUAUCUGUUUGACUUGCUGAGAGCCGACAGAACCACAGCUGCAUUCGGACUGGAGUUGAGAGCGCCUUUUUUGGACCACAGGUUCACUGCAUACUACCUCUCACUGCCUGAAGAGAUGAGAGCACCAAAGGAUGGAAUUGAGAAGUACCUCUUGAGGGAAGCAUUCAGUGACACAAAACUGCUUCCAGAUGAGAUUCUAUGGAGGAGAAAAGAGGCUUUUAGUGACGGUAUAACAUCCGUAAAGAAAUCCUGGUACACAAGCCUGCAAAAGCAUUCUGAGUCUGCGGUACGACAGAUAAAUGAAUCUCAGUUAGAGAAUGGUCCUAAGAGAUUCCCUUUCAACCCUCCCACAACCAAAGAGGGCUUCUACAUAAGGCAGACCUUUGAAAAGAUGUACCCCAAUCACAGUGAAUGGAUCCCACAUUACUGGAUGCCGCGAUGGAUCGAGGCCACAGACCCCUCCGCCAGAACUCUGUCCAUCUACAAGCCAGAUAAAGACCACCAAUAAGCCUUAACAACAACAGAGUUUGACUAAACAUUGUGUUCACUGCAACACUAUGCAUACUGUAUGUCUGUGCAUUAUAGAUAGGCAGAAAAAAUGUCUGUUUUUGAAAAACAUAACAAGAGUUUCGGUUGGUUUUACAGUAGUAACAAUAACUAGUAGUUAUUAACAAUAUAUGAAAUAUUUUUACCAAAAACUAGUUACUAUUUUUGUGAGACCUCGACUGGUUACUCAAAGAUUGUUGAUUGAAACCCUGUAAUCUGUAUUCACUGCAACUAUUUCAAUUGUGCCCCUGACUAAGACACAUUAACAGCCACAAGUUUCUUCAAUGGCACUGUCUUUUUAAUACUUACAGUAAAUAAUUUGGGAUGACAGAGUUAUCUAAAUAACAAUAAAUUUGUUAUGCAGCCACGUUAAGAGUGCGAGCAUACACUAUGCCUGGUCAUUGUAAGCCUCAUAAGAUAUCAGAGAAAGAAUGCCUCUUGUCACCUGUUAUAUUAGGGUGAACCAUUAAGCCUUACAUGUGGCUUAAAUUACAUUGAAUAUUUUGUAAGAGCGGCACAGCAGUAAUAUAAAAUAGAAUGUGUUAUACUGCUGACAUUAGUCUGAUAUGCAUUGGAAGACUUGCCAACACUGUAAUACAAAAAAAUGUAACAGAUCAGUGUCACUUGAAUGUUUUGAGAAACGUCAUCACUUCUAAAAGAUGUUUUCGUGAAUAUAUGAGUACAUUCCGAGUCAUUUUGCGCGUAAAACAGACAUAUCCGAAAACGUCAGAUUUUGUAGUAAAAGGUGUGUAUGUUAAUAUGCAUAUAUGUAAACAGGGCGUGCAUGCACGGUCAUUCACAAUUAUCAUAAUCCCCGCCUAUGAUCACAGCUACGCAAAUUACGUAUCUCUGAAUGCUGGAAUCCUCUGGACUUCAUUCUCUGGUUUGGCUACAUUUAUUGUAUAAAUGCACAAGAGACUAAUAGGCUAUAUGCUUACCAAUAAAUUAAUCAAUUAAACUGUCCA